UAAAUAAGAGAAAUUUUGAGGGCAAAAGAGAGGAUAUCGUGACAGUUAAAGUAGGAGUAUAUUUUUGUGGCGGGGGGUUGGUUACAGGAUACCGAUUUCCCGAUGGCGCUCGUUGUACCCGUCGUGUGCGCAGGAAAGGCCGUGUCACUUCCCGCGCACGUUAGCAGUCGCCGCCGAGUCGCUACCUCUUUUGUUACUUUCGCCACUCUGUCACCAGUCCGUGGAGGCGAAGCGGCGGUGGAUUGGGUGGAGGCGACGUCCAACUUCUUCGAGAAAGAUACUCGGCCUAUUAUGCUAUUCGACGGUGUAUGCAACUUGUGUAAUGGAGGCGUGAAGUUUGUUUGUGAUAAUGAUAGAAACAGGAAUAUAAGAUUUGAAGCUCUACAGAGUGAAGCAGGCAAGAAACUGCUAAGGAGAUCUGGAAGAGCUCCUGAUGAUAUAUCAAGUGUUGUACUUGUUGAAAAGGAAAGAUCAUUUAUCAAGUCAGAGGCGGUACUGAAGAUCAUGGAGUACAUCAAUUUACCCUUUCCUCAGCUGGCACUUUUUCUGCAGUUUAUACCUCUUUUCAUACGUGACUUUGUAUACGACAAUGUUGCAAACAAUCGUUAUGCAUUCUUUGGUCGCUCGGAGGCAUGUGAAAUAUAGCAAGUCAUUUUGGCGUUGUGGUUGUUUGACAUUGAUAGUUUGGAGUUUUGAAAUUCAGGAGUACUGAUGUUGUAACAUAAAUCCAAUGCGAAAAACUCAGCAUUAUGAUGCUUCUUACUUAAUGUCAUCCAUACACAGAUGUUAUGAAGA